AUGCUGUUCGGACGUUGUCUCCUUGAACUACCACAACAUGGCGUCACCCAAGAAGGCCGGUUGCCUCGACACCUUGUUUGGCCGGAGGAAGAAAGACCGAGCCACAGCAAAGGAGAAAAACACCCAAAACAGUUACAACACGCCUUCAACAGACGAUCAGACGAUAUAGUCGCUGAUACUCGAGAGGAUACCCAUGAAACCAAUGAUCGCAAUCCCAGCAAUCCCACUUCUGUUGAUGAUGGAGACGAUGGGAUACAACCUGUUGUUAGCAUAACGCAGCAACCCAAUCAACACCAGGAUGCCCAAUUAGGGUUGAUUCACGCCACCCUUUGGAAAAAUGCAUACGACAAUCUCAAAACAGACCCGGAAAAGGAGAAAUAUGUGAGAAAAUACGAGGAGUUAUUAGUCAACUAUCUUACGAAAUCCUCCUCGAAUACCUUUGGAGAGAAACAAAUGGAAGAGAUCGUUGCCGGGGGAUUGGAAAAAAUCGACAAAUACAAAAAAAUCAUCGUUCGUUCAGAUAGUACGAUCAGGGUUAUCAAGCAAAUAAAAGAAAUUCUUGGUAUUCCCCUGAAGAAUAUCCCGCAAACCACGUUGCCCUGGGCCGUGAUUUCUUCAACCGUGGAUAUACUCCUCAAGCCAGUUGAAGUUGGAGCCAAUAUCUACAACGGGGUCGCGUCCGUUGUUUCCAAGAUGGAAUGGUAUUCCAAAUACACAGAUCAUCUGUUACGCGAUGACAAAAUCAGAAUCAAUGAAAAGGAUCCAUUGAAAGGAAUCCGUGACGACAUCGCAGGAAACAUUACGAGUCUCUAUCAGUCCUUGCUCUACUACCAGAUAAGAAGUGUCUGCUUCUACUUCAAAAAACACCAACCCUUAGUAUUGCUGCGUGGGAUUGUGGACCUGGACAACUGGAGCGGUGAUCUGCAAAGCAUUGAAGAGGCAGAACAGGUUCUUACAAAAACCAUCUCUCUCUAUAACGAUGAGCAUUUGAAAAACAGAUUGAAAGAUCUAGAGCACCAGAUGAUAGAUUGGAGGAUGGAUAUCGAGACAGAAAAUGAGUUCAAGAAGUUCCAGCACCGACUGCAGGCUAUACGCCGUGUUGAUCCGGAGGCCACCGUUAAAGGCAUUCAAAGUCUCAAGGAGGAAUCCAUGAGCGAAUUAUAUGCGUGGAUCUUCAAGACUGAUCAGUUCAAGGCAUUUGUUAACUGGGAAGAUGAGAACGCAACCAGAAGGCUGUGGAUCAGCGGACAAGCAGGAACUGGAAAGACGAUGCUCUUAAUUGGCGCCAUAGAAGAGCUGCAAAGUCGAACUCUUCUUGAAAGCCAGCGCCUGCGUACGGAGCUUCCGAUCAUAAUAUAUUUCUUCUGCCAGUACACACAUGUUGACCUGAACAAUGGGGUUGCGGUUCUCCAAAGUCUGGUGUGGAUGCUGCUUCGAAAACAGCCAAAGCUUAUGUCUCAUCUCGACGAGCAAUUUUCUCACUCCGGGGAUAAAUUCAUACAAGAUCCGUAUUCCUUUGCGACCUGGCGGGAUAUUCUCAUCAACAUGCUAAAAGAUACUGGCCGUGUAUUUCUCGUCAUUGACGCUCUUGAUGAAUGCGAAAAGACAACCAGAGCACAGCUGGUCAAGUUCCUAAACGAUGAAUUAUGGAACAAGGAACUGUCUCGCGUCAAAUGUUUAAUCACCAGUCGGCCGUUAUCAGAAAUCCCGGAAAGUACGAGUGAAACUGCCGUGAGAAAUCACAGUCUCCUAAGGCUUGAUGACGAAGACCUUUCGCCAUCCAUAGAUAAAUACAUCGAGGAAAAGAUGAGACGGCUCCAGAAGGAUAAAGAUGUCAAUGGACAAGAGCAAAAAGAGGUUGUUCAAAGCAUAGUCGGCCGGUUACGCGACCGAGCAAGCAACACAUUUAUCUGGGUCUCUCUGGUCUGUGAACAGUUCAAAGAUGAGCCUUUGGUUCUUUGGGGAGAGGUCAUGGAUCAAAUCCCAAGCGGGCUUGAUGAAAUGUAUGAUUAUCUGCUCGGCCGGUUGAAACGGCAGAUAUACAGAGAUAUUCUUGCUAUGACCAUGCUUGCACGUCGACCGUUAACUCUGAGAAAAGACUGUGUCAUACAGUGCAGGUCGUUCCUGGCUAUCCGGGGCGAAACUGUUUAUUUGAUCCACCAAUCCGCUCAAGACUGGUUAUCUGAGAAUCACCGUCGACUUAGCGAUGUGCCCCUCCAAGAACUUCACGGCUUUGUCUUUCAAAACUCAUUGAAUGGAAUGAGUGAGAUCCUGAAGGAAAAUAUAUAUGGGCUUUCCCAUUGCGGAGUUUUGUCCGAUGAGGUCACAGCUCCAGCAGAUAAUCCGCUAUCACCAGUUCGCUACGCCUGCCAAUACUGGGCAUACCAUCUGGAAGAAAGUGACGUUCUCCCAGCAACUGACAUUCUUCAUUUCCUGCAAGAUCACAUUCUUCACUGGCUAGAGGCCAUGGCUUUAAUGGGGUUGAUGCCAGAGACAAUUGGGGUUGUAGACAUGUUACAAUCACUGCCAGGAGUCAGAGAAAAUUCCGACCUCUCUGAAUUUCUUUAUGAUGCGAAGCGAUUCAUCUUGACAAAUUCACCAGCUGUGGGUAUAGCGCCGCUCCAGCUCUACGUUUCCGCUCUUCUUUUUACGCCAGAGGCGAGUAUAGUGCGGCGCACAAGAGAAAUCCCUAACUGGAUACUCAAGCCCCCAGUUGUAGAGAAGGAAUGGGGGUCUUUGUUACAAACCCUCGAACACUCAUCCGCAGUUAAUGAUGUGGCCUUCUCCCCAGACAAUCAAUUGAUUGCCGGGGCAGAUGACGAUCUGAUAAAGAUCUGGGAUACAGCAACAGGUGAUCUGGAGAGGGAAUUAAAACCCGAACCCCGGAGUUUAUUUGGUUUUAGAUCUGUGGCAUUUUCUUCAGAUGGCAGGAUGUUGGUCACAGGGUCAUCGGAUGGCUCGGUGCUAUUGUGGGAUACAGACUCAUGGCAAGAAACACAAAUAUUGCUCCACGAAGCGCGUGUCUAGGGAGCAGAAUGCUACUGGAGACAUGGUAGCACAUCAUGGCAGAACAACUGUUGUCCGGCGACGCCUACCCUAC